GUUAUGCUUUCUCAAGCUCAAGUUGUCAGGAUUAAGGUUGCUUGCUUACAAUAUCAUUUUGUUAGGGUUGAUUAUCGACAAUAGACAUGAUUCAAAUAAGAAAAACAUUUGCUUUCAUUAUUUGCUCACGCUCUAAAUUAAUUACUUGCAACUCAUUUCUCAAUAAUGUAAGUGAAGACUUCUACUUGAUAAAACAUUAUAGUAACAAAAGAGUGAAAUCCAGAUCUAAGAAAACAAGCACAGCACCAGUGUCCACCUUAUUUGUACCGGUUAACGUUAAACCGAAUUCAGAUGAAAUUAAUAUAGGAGCUGAAUUAACUGGUAAAUUAGACAAAAGCCAACUAUUAAAAAUCUUAAGUUCAUUUUAUCAAAAGCAGGAGAUUAAAAUACUUGCAAUGGAAAAUGGGAUUGACAGUUAUUUGCAGCAUCAAGUAUAUGUCAGUUUUAGAAAAUACUGUUUAGAAGCUGAAACCCUCCCAGCAGAUUUGCAUGUUGUAUUCAGUGACAUUAUUCAAGGAGCAGGACAUGUUGAUGACAUUUUCCCUUACUAUUUGAGACAUGCUCGUCAAAUGUUUCCCCACUUAGAAUGUAUGGACGAUUUGAAGAAAAUUAGUGAUCUUCGCUCUCCAGCUAAUUGGUACCCGAAUGCAAGAUCAAUAAAUAGAAGAAUAAUCUUCCAUGCAGGACCAACAAAUAGUGGGAAAACAUAUCAUGCCUUAGAAAGAUAUAUUUCAGCAAAAUCAGGAGUCUACUGUGGUCCAUUGAAACUCCUUGCAACUGAAGUUUUCAAGAAAGCUAAUGACAGGGGAACACCAUGUGAUCUUAUAACGGGAGAGGAGCGGAAGUAUGUCUCUGGUGAAGACAGCCCUGCUGCUCAUGUGUCAUGCACUGUAGAGAUGACCUCAGUCAACACACCUUACGAAGUAGCAGUAAUUGACGAAAUCCAGAUGAUGAGGGAUCCAGGGCGAGGUUGGGCAUGGACCAGGGCACUACUAGGAGUAAUGGCUGAGGAGAUCCAUGUGUGUGGGGAGGAAGGAGCAGUAGACCUGGUCAAAGCAUUAGCUGUCACCACGGGUGAAGAUGUUGAGGUUUGCAAAUACAAAAGACUGACAGAACUCACAAUUGAAUCCAAUGGCCUAGGAAGCCUUGACAAUGUUCUUCCUGGGGACUGCAUUGUGUGCUUCAGUAAAAACGACGUCUAUACAGUAAGCAGAGGCAUAGAAGCUAGAGGUAUGGAGGUGGCUGUGAUUUAUGGAGGUCUACCGCCUGGCACCAAGCUGGCCCAAGCACAGAAGUUCAAUGACCCGGCCAAUUCAUGCAAGGUCCUGGUAGCUACAGAUGCCAUUGGAAUGGGACUCAACUUGAGCAUAAGAAGAGUGAUUUUUUACUCGCUGAUCAAGCCUGUGAUGAAUGACAAAGGAGAGAAGGAGAUGGACGUCAUCUCAGUGUCUCAGGCAUUGCAGAUUGCUGGCCGAGCUGGGCGCUAUGGGACUCAGUUUGAUAAGGGUUAUGUUACUACGUUCAAACAUGAGGAUCUGCAUACCUUACGUAACCUGCUGUCUCAGACACCUGAGCCUAUCACCAAGGCUGGUCUUCAUCCCACAGCAGAGCAGAUAGAACUGUACGCCUACCACUUACCAAACUCCACACUCGCCAAUCUCAUGGAUAUUUUUGUGACUCUGUCAACGGUUGAUGAUUCCCUCUACUUCAUGUGCAAUGUGGAGGAUUUUAAAUUUCUGGCUGACAUGAUCCAACACGUUCCUCUACCUUUGCGAGCCCGCUAUGUGUUUUGCUGCUCUCCUAUCAACAAGAAGAUGCCUUUUGUUUGCUCUAUGUUUCUCAAGUUUGCUCGUCAGUACAGCAAGAAUGAAGCUCUGACUUUUGACUGGUUGUGUCGCAACGUCGGCUGGCCUGUCACCAUGCCCAAGACCAUUCUAGAUUUAGUUCAUUUAGAAGCAAUAUUUGAUGUUCUAGACUUAUACCUGUGGCUCAGUUACCGUUUUAUGGACCUGUUCCCUGACGCCAAGUUGGUUCGAGACAUGCAGUCAGAGUUGGAUGACGUAAUACAACGAGGUGUGGUGCAACUGACCAAACUAUUACGCAACAGUGAAACAGGAGUGUCUUCUGGCACAGGCACGGACACUCAGGAGCAAUUCACAAUGAAGCAGAACCAACAGGCAUAUCUCAGAGGAGACAAGCAGAGUGGCAGUGAACCAGUUGGCCGAGGCAGACUGACUGAGCGACUCAUAGCACAAGGACUGCUCACACCCAACAUGCUGCAAGAGUUGAGGAGAGAGUGGCAGCAGAUUGGCCAAGACAAACAAAUAAUUGAAGAAGGGGAAUCAAAUACAAAAACCAAGAGAAAAAGAAAGCCAAAAACAUAAUUAAAAUGAAAUUAAAAUUUAUAAACAAAGUUA